AUGGGGACACAAACACAAGCCCCCCCUGAUGGGUUCGACCGAGUCUCCGGAGAACGGCAAAAAAGUCGCCCCCGUUUGUUUCGCUUCGGCUAUCGUAUACGCUUGUUUUGUUGGCUUUUGUUCUUGUCAACUGAGCGCCAAUCGACGGGUGGUACGAGGAGGAGAAGUGCACCUUCGGUGAACAACGAGCACCCAAGACAGCCUCUCUGA